GUUAUCGAAGAACCGAAACAUAUUUUGGUGACAUCAGAAGAAGUACGUCGACCAUUGCUAACAACUGCUCAAUUUACGCAACGAAAACAUUCAUUACAAGGCAUUUACAAUAUAAUUAAUGUUGUACGUAAAAGAAGUUUGGGAAGAUUUAAAAAACAACAAUGUAAGAAUGAAUACAAAUCAAAAUCUGAAAAUCGCGCACGAAAG